AACCACGGGUAUAUAAGGAGAGCAAGCAAUAGUAAUCCCAAUACCGUUGGUGCUGAUCAUUUACUACGUUUUUAGAGUUAGGGAUACAGCCAUGCCUCUGCACAGUAUUGAAUGCCACAUUUUAAUCCUAGUUUGUGUUUUGCUGAUAAACUGUUUGGCUUUCAAAAACGAUGCUACAGAGAUUCAAUAUCCACGCGUGGUUAAUCCUGUGCAGGAGAAUCCUAAUAACGGUACAUUAAACCAGGCGAGAAAUGGAGGAAGACACUUAGGCGGUUAUGGAACUGAUCAAAAUGACCAGGCUCAGGUUGGCUGCAGAGAACUCAGAUCCACCAAGUACAUCUCAGAUGGGCAAUGCACAAGCAUUAACCCUGUGAAGGAGCUGGUUUGUGCUGGUGAGUGUCUGCCUGCUCAUAUGUUGCCCAACUGGAUUGGUGGUGGCUAUGGCAGAAAGUACUGGAGCAGAAGAAACGCUCAGGAGUGGCGAUGCGUCACAGACAAGACCCGCACCCAACGCAUCCAACUCCAGUGCCAAAACGGGAGCACAAGAACUUACAAAAUAACUGUGGUCACAUCCUGCAAGUGUAAGAGGUACUCCAGGCAACACAAUGAAUCCAGCCACAAUUUUGAGGUGUCGUCUCCACCAAAGCCCAUUCAUAAUCACAGAGGGAAGAAGCGAUCAGGCAAGACGGGCAAGCACAAAGUUAACUGGCAUGAAUCAGAAGACAAAAACUGAACUGUGACUGUAACCACUCUGUAAACAGAAAUUUCUAAUUAUUUUUUUUAUUUUAUUUUUUUGUGUGAAAUGUCUGACCCUAAUGGGACAUGUGAUAGAAUGGCAGUGUGUACCUAUGAACCCUACAGUCAGUUGUUUGACAUCUUUGAUUUACAGCUUUUACGGUGCUGUGAGGUAUUAGCUGAGGUUACGAACACCAGACUGGAACACUACUCUAAACUAUGAGAUAUAGAAAGGUAUUUGAACCAAGUGGGAAGGUCAGAAGCUAAUUAAAAAUAACCAUGAUACUUAAUGACAAGUACUUAACUGUGUACAAAGGUCUUUGAGAUGCUCUUAUUCGUUGUACCCACAUUUUAAUUAAACAGAUAUUCUAUUUGCAGAUCAGACAUGAGCUUCAUUUAUAAUCAUCAAAUAAAAAUACUAUGAAGUUCUAGCUUAUCAGAUCAAUGCAUGAUCUAAGAAAGAAAGAAUGCAGACCUCUCUAACGUGUACCACAAAAUUGCUUGGGCUUAUCGUUCAUUCCAAACCUGUUAUGGUCGGAAGUCAGUUUUAGUCACAGUGGAGCCAUAAAACAUAAUAACUUUCAUUCUUGUCUGUUUAGUGCAGAAUUAUUUUAAUCUUUGCUAGCCAAUUCUGAGUAUACUAGUUUCAAUGUGUUGUUAACAAUGCAAUUUAUUAGUAGUUCGUAACAAUAUGAAAGCUCUGAUAUAAUUAAAAUAAGCCUUUUACUGAAACUGUUUCAUUUCUACAGUAAACAGACACAUAGAAGCAGACCUAAAUUACAUAUUUAUUUUACUCAAUGUUAUUAUUUAAUGAAAAACACAUGGUCAUUAGAAUUCUCAAAUAUAUUUUUUUGUUGUGGUCCAAAGAAAUUCUUAAGUUUUGCAGCUGGAAUUAAGAAUUUAAAUACUGUAUA